AUGGCGCAGAACGUCACCGAGCUCAUCACCGAGCUUGUGACACCAGACUGGCUGGAUACUGGCAACAAUGCCUGGCAGUUGACAGCAGCAACCCUCGUCGCGCUGCAAUCGGUACCAGGUCUUUGUGUUCUGUAUGCAGGCCUCGUCAAGAAGAAGUGGGCCAUCAACUCGAUGUUCAUGGUCUUCUACGCUUUCGCCAUGGUUCUGAUCUGCUGGGUCAUCUGGGCAUACAAGGUCGCAUUCGGGGAAUAUAUGCUACCUUUUGCGGGCCGACCAGGCCCAGUCCUGACUUUUGAUGAAACGAUCGUGCAGUCGGUCCUGCCUAGCGCGGCUUUGAGUCAGAACUUCCCAAAGGCGACAAUGAUAUACUUUCAAUUCGUCUUCGCUGCGAUCACGCUGGCUCUCAUCGCGGGAGCGUAUUUGGCUCGAAUGAGCUUCCGCGCUUGGAUGCUGUUUGUGCCGCUGUGGCUGACGUUCAGUUACUGCAUCGGUGCGUACAGUCUCUGGGGUGGCGGGUUCCUGUUCAAGCUGGGCGUCUUGGACUACUCCGGCGGUUACGUUAUCCACCUCUCGUCUGGUACAGCGGGUUUCGUCGGAGCUUGGUGGAUUGGACCGCGGUUGAAGCAAGAUCGCGAGAAUUUCCAACCCAACAACAUUCUGGUGAUGAUGGUGGGUGCUGGCAUUCUUUGGAUUGGCUGGAAUGGCUUUAAUGGCGGUGAUCCCUAUGCGGCCUCUCCAGCAGCCGGUGUUGCCGUACUCAACACCAACGUCUGCACCGCCUUCUCCAUGCUCACGUGGACAAUGAUGGAUCUCGUCUUCUACGGCAAACCGUCCAUAAUUGGCGCAAUCAACGGCAUGAUCACUGGUCUCGUUGGGAUUACACCAGCUGCUGGGUUCGUGGCAGGCUGGGGCGCGAUAAUCAUCGGGCUUUGCACCGGUAUUUUGCCGUGGCUCAGCAUGAACAUUGCGGGCAAGAAGUGGACUCUCUUCACGCACCAUGUAGACGAUGCCCUUGGAAUCACACACACGCACAUGGUAGCCGGCGUCCUUGGCGGCUUCCUGACUGGUCUUUUCGCCACUGAGACUGGCGUCUACUCUUUUGGCGACACGAAUCCAGGCGGUGCGAUCAACCAGAAUGGUCGCCAAGUCUGGGUCCAGAUUGUGGGCGCUCUCUUCAUCAUUGGCUGGAAUGUCGUCUGGACCAGCCUGAUCAUGUUGUUCAUUAAGUACGUAUGCCGCAUCAAACUGCGCAUGACGGAGGAAGAGCUGCUGCUUGGCGAUGAUGCGAUCCACGGUGAAGAGGCGUACAGCUUCCUGGACGAUGUGACAGGGUUGGUGCCAUCGCAGACGUCGGAGAGGAACGCCAAUGAGCGGUUAUCGAGAAUACACGCGGGUACGGAUUACAAGGGGCAGACGUUGAUAGGGCGGGAUGUAGAGGAGGGAAAUACUUCCUAUAGCAGCAAUGGGGUGGAAGUACCAGCCGGGCUCAUUACGUCUGCGAAGAACGUCGAAGAGAUCAAGAUGGAUUAG